GCGGGGCGGACGGCGGGCAUGGCGCUGGCCAGCGGGCCGCCGGGCCGCCUCGUGCUCUACCACUGGACUCAGUCCUUCUCCUCGCAGAAGGUGCGCUUGGUGAUUGCUGAAAAAGCCCUAAAAUGUGAAGAGCAUGAUGUAAACCUGCCGCUGAGUGAACACAACGAACCUUGGUUUAUGCGUCUAAAUUCAUCUGGAGAAGUACCAGUCCUAAUCCAUGGGGAAAAUAUUAUUUGCGAGGCAACGCAGAUUAUUGACUAUCUUGAAGCAACAUUCAUAGAUGAGGGAGUACCACGAUUAAUGCCAGAAGAAGGGAGUAUGUAUUACCCCAGGGUGCAACACUACAGAGAGCUUUUGGACUCCUUGCCUAUGGAUGCCUACACUCACGGCUGCAUCCUACACCCUGAAUUAACAGUGGACUCCAUGAUUCCAGCCUAUGCUACAACCAGAAUUCGUAGUCAAAUAAGUAAUACAGAAUCUGAACUGAAGAAACUUGCGGAAGAAAAUCCAGACCUUCAAGAUGCCUAUAUAGCAAAACAGAAGCGCCUUAAAUCUAAACUGCUGGAUCAUGAUAAUAUAAAGUAUUUAAAGAAAAUACUGGAUGAACUGGAAAAAGUUCUGGAUCAAGUUGAGACUGAAUUGCAGAGGCGAAAUGAGGAAACACCAGAAGAAGGAAAACAGCCUUGGCUCUGUGGUGACUUCUUCAGCCUGGCAGAUGUAUCUCUUGCUGUCACAUUACAUCGCUUGAAGUUUCUGGGAUUAGCAAGAAGAAACUGGGGAAAUGGAAAACGACCCAAUUUGGAAGCCUAUUAUGAGCGUGUCCUGAAGAGAAAAGCAUUUUACAAAGUUUUAGGACAUGUCAACAACAUAUUAAUCUCAGCAGUUCUGCCAACUGCAUUCCGUGUGGCCAAGAAGAGAGCACCCAGAGCCUCCUUCUUGGUUGGCAUGCUAUCAUGAAUGGGUUAUUUUGCUUUCCUGUGUCUUCGGAAGAGGUUUGCCAACGUGAUGCUAUCGAUUAGAACCAGACAAAAUUAUUUUUAGGCUUGUCUGUCCCUGGUGGUAGGUGGAGUUCAUCUCUAGCCCCAGGAAAAUAUCAAAAACAAGCAUAUAAGAAAGGUUAUGUCCAUGAAUUAGAACGCUGUCACACAGUGAUUGUCUGCUGCUUUUGAGUAAUUGGAUUGACAAUGCUGGUACUUGU